UUGAUGUCAAAGACUGUUAACCAGCGCAUGGAAAUCCAAAAUAAUUAAUAACAAAAUUGACUUAAAAUUACGCUGAUACUGAAAUAGUUAAUCCACAACCAUGGGACUCAACGAGGAAUAUAUUGUUUACUUAAUACUGCUAUUUUCAUGGGCAGAAUAUUUGUGGGAGUUAUAUUUGUCACUGCGGCAGUUAAAAAUCUACAAAACAAACAACACUAUUCCUGAGGACUUGAAGGAAAUGUUAAAUGAGGAAUCGUUUAAGAAAGCUCGUCUAUAUGGUAUUGACAAGUCGCAGUUCAAGAUCGUAAGGGAAUUUUAUAGUAUAGUAUUAUCAUCCGUAAUUCUUUAUCGACGGUGGAUUGCUGUGGCAUGGUUUGAAUCUGAGAACAUUUCAAAAUCCCUCUAUGUAUCAUCGGACAGAGAAAUAUUUGUGACUUGUGUCUUUAUGACUACUGUGACACUGUUUAACUAUGUUUUAACAUUGCCCUUUAAGAUUUAUGGCACAUUUGUACUUGAGCAAAAGCAUGGUUUUAAUAAGCAGACAGUAGGAUUCUUUAUUAAGGACCAGUUUAAAUCUUUGGUUCUGAGUCUCAUCAUUACCAUUCCUUUAGUAUCUAUUUCAAUUUAUAUUAUCAUGGUAGGAGGAGAUAUGUUUGUUGCUUAUCUUUGGUUGUUUACUACUGUGGUUUCUUUAGUACUAUUGAUGCUGUACCCUACUGUUAUUGCUCCUUUGUUUGACAAGUUUGUGCCUCUGCCCGAGGGUUCUCUUAGGAAAGGCAUUGAGGAACUGGCAUCAAAGCUUAAGUUCCCGCUCUCACAAGUGUACAUAGUAGAGGGAUCUAAAAGGUCUGCACACAGCAAUGCAUAUUUUGGUGGACUUUUCGGUUCAAAAAGAAUUGUACUCUUUGAUACAUUGCUAGAAAAGUAUGAUGAUGAGAAAAAAACUUUGACUGGAUGUAAUGACAAUGAAAUUUUAGGAAUUCUAGCUCAUGAAUUGGGACACUGGAGUUGCAACCAUUUGACAAAGAACAUAGCUUUGACUGAACUUAAUUUGUUGUUGUUAUUCACUGCUUUUGGAUCACUUUUUCAGUAUUCCAUGUUGUAUACUGCUCUUGGAUUUCCAGCAGGGCAAAAGCCUAUCAUUAUUGGUUUAAUUGUGGUUUUACAAAUGAUACUUGCACCAUACAAUUCAAUUUUAUCCUUCUUCUUAACAGCAUUAUCUAGAAAACACGAAUUUGAGGCUGAUGACUUUGCUGUGUCUUUGAAUUACCCCAGAGAACUCAGGUCCGCACUCAUAAAGCUUGGUAAAGACAAUCUGGACUACCCAAUCUAUGAUAAUCUAUACUCGGCAUGGUACCAUUCUCAUCCUACUUUGUUACAAAGAAUAGAAAAUAUUAAUAACCAAUUAGUUGAGGAUAAGAAACGGAACUAAGUUAUUCCAAUAUGCAUUUACAACAAUAAUUUUUCAAUAAGUACAUUUUUGUAUACCUACCUGUUACUUAAUAAUGGUAAAACCAGUCUUUUCUGGGGGUGGCAUUGGCCAUAUUUGGCCAAACACAUAUUGCAUUUAUUUUUUUAAAUCAUAGUAAGUAUAUUAAAACAAUAAACAGGGCUAUUGUAUGUGGGCCAAGUGAAAUGCCAUAUUUACAAUAAGUAUAUGUUAUUCCAUAAUUCCAUAUACAUAAAACUAACCUUGGGGUGGUUGACACUUACUUUAUUAAGUAUCUUUUUGUAUCAAGUUUCUUUUUAUGGAAAAUAAUAAACAAAUUUUUUGUGUAAGCUUCUAGAAUGGACUAGCUUUCACCUUAAUUAUGUACUUUAACUGUAAAAAAUGUUACGGGCACGAAAAUUCAAUGAGUCGUCUUGUUGCCAAACCCCAGGAGGCUGUUUUAUAAAUGUCUGUAACUGUUUUCAACUCUAUUUGCUAGAAAGAUAUUUCUGCUUGUGUUAUAGGUUACAAAUGUUUGUAAAAUAGCCUCAGAUUCACACUUAAUAUAGAAUAAGGUUUCAAUGUUGUAAUGAAAAAACUUUGUAUCCUAUAAAAGCAGUAGGUACUAUUUACUGCAUACACAAACAUUAACCAUACUGUAAAUUUUCAAUGUAGGUGAAACCUGCAGUUAGGUCAAGUGGCUACUUGAGGCUAUAGAAAGAUGGCAAUUGUAAUAGGAAUAAGUAAUAUCACUCUAUGGUUUAAAAAUAAUCACUAGAGUUUGUCAGGAAGAGAAGAACUACUAUUUGUAUUUAUUAGUGUCUGACCGAAGUUUCGGUUUCGGCAUAAAAAAUAUGUUUCGGCCGAAGGUUCGGUAUCGGCCAAAAAACUGCCGAACGUUUUAAUUUCGGAUCAUGUUUGGUUAGUGUUUCAUACCGGAUGGGUUAAAAAUACGUUGUAUUUUUUUUAAUGUGCAUAUUGUUGAUAACUGUAACAGUUUUACGUUUGUGUAUCAAAGUCAAAGGAUUGUAUAAUUCUUUGAAAUUUUUUUAAAGACGUCAUUAGUCAUUACAGAAAGAAAGAAGAAAAAAAUAUUCCUUAAAUUUAAAAUUUUUCACCAUAUUUUGGGCCACCUGUACAAUGAUGACAGUGAUGAGUGAAUUUGAAUUAGUUUUCUAAGUAGAAUAGGCAUGUUCCGACACGCACUUGACCGGUAUUUUUACCACUUUUUUUACACUUUUUUACCUAUCUGUAAAAAAAAGGCCAUCACUGAUAUUAUUUCAACAAUUUUAACAAGUCUACAAAAGUUUCGGUUUCGGGCGAAACUGAGUCAAAACUGAACUCGGUUUCGACAAAAAAUCCGGUUUCGGUCGGACACUAGUAUUUAUCUGUUUUUACUUUUGGCCGUGCGAAGUGCCCGAAGCGUACGCUGUGGCACAUACAGGGUGGGCACAGGGAUUCCGACACACUUUAACCAUGAAUUCUAGUGCCUAUUUGGAUAAAAAAAAGUAAUAUAACAAUGCCAUAGAAAGCCUAAUUUACGAGAUAUUCAAUUAUUUAAGUAAUUUCGAAGUUAAAAAAACUCAAGGCUAACACGCCCUUAUGUGACGUAAUCAUACAUACCAAGACAAACAAUCACACAUGCAAAGCAGAAGUGUUAAAAAUAGUAAACUUACCUGUCACCUGCUAUAAACUAGACUAGAUAAAGUGUCAUAUUGGUGUCGCAUGUUGUCUUUUUCACUCUUUCAAACUAAAGAUACGUUCACAAGUUAGUACUAUCGUUAAUUGAUUUAUUUUGUUCCAGAAAUUAAGUAAAUUAAUUAGGCAAUUUUGGACCCAUGUUGAUAUAACAUUUUUCUUUCGUAACACUGCCAGGAAUCCACGGUUAAAGUCUGUCGGAAUCCCUGUGCCCACCCUGUAUAUACGUUUAAUUGAAUCCGAAGCCAGCAAGUAUAUACCUAUGAAAUUUAGUGAGCUCAAACUUUUUUCUUAGAUUGAUUUGAAAGGGACGACACUACAGUGUUGCUACUUUUUAAUUUAUAUUCUUUUUUGCCAGACUGUAUGUCCGUGUCAUUUUAAAUUUUUAUCACAUUUUGUUUAGUAGUGAAAGUUAAGAUACAAACUCCGUAGCCGCCAGGCGGGCGCCCUUUGUCGUGUCGUGCUCGUGCACAAUAAAGCUGGGUCUACGCUGGACGUCAUUGGCGUAAAUGUACAUAUAUUUUAAAUAAAUGUUUCAAUCCAAA